AUGCAAAAUAGGCCUCCCGGCACUCUUCCAAGCACAACUGUGCCUAAUCCUAAGGGUGAGAGUGUUGUAGAGCUCCAUGCCAUGACUUUGAGAAGUGGAAAGCAAUUGGAGGAACCAAUAAGGGCCAAAGAGAAGUCUCAAGAAGCUUUGGAGGAAGAAAAAGAAUCCAAAAACGAAGCUGAAAAUAUCAAAAAUCGAAAUUUGGCAAUCCACCGACCAGUCGGCAAAACCCGCCGACCGGUCGAUGGGUUAUGUGUUCCGGGGUCAGAAGCUCACCGACCAGUUGGCGAAACCCGCCGACCAAUCGUCACAGAAAAGUCAAAUUUUGACCAUUCGAAGGAAAUUCGUCAGCCAGUCGAAAAUCGGGGCACUCCUAACCCUCUUUUGAAUUCUUUUAAGGCUAACAAUGAUGCUUCUAUCCCUAUGUCUUCUUGUAUCCCUUUUCCUCGUAGGUUCAUGAACUCAAAGAAGGAGCAACAUGAGAAAGACAUCUUGGAAACCUUUCGGAAAGUCCAAGUGAACAUUCCUCUUUUGGAUGCCAUCAAACAAGUGCCCAAAUACGCUAAGUUUCUCAAGGAGUUGUGUACCAACAAGAGGAGGUAUAAAGAUAAGGAAACCGUGGCUCUUAAUGAGGAAGUCUUCGCAGUACUUUUGAGAAAAUUGCCUCCUAAGCUAAAGGAUCCAGGAAGAUUCACCAUCCCUUGCACAAUUGGGGAACGAAGGUUUGAAAAAGCUUUACUUGAUUUAGGAGCUUCUAUUAAUCUAAUGCCUUAUACUGUGUAUGAAACUCUUAAGUUAGGUGAUCAAAAGGAUACUCAAGUCACCAUUCAACUAGCGGAUCGUUCUAUAGCCUAUCCUAAGGGCAUAGUUGAAGAUGUCUUGGUGCAAGUGGCAGAGUUGAUCUUUCCAGCGGAUUUCUUUGUCUUGGAGAUGGAGCCUGAGCCUAUGCCAUACAACCUUCCUCUCAUUCUUGGUCGCCCAUUCAUGAGAACUGCACGAACAAAGAUUGAUGUCUAUGAGGGGACCUUAACGAUGGAAUUUGAUGGCGACAUUAUAUGCUUCAACAUCUUUGAGGCCAUGAGGUAUCCGAAUGAUGUUCAUACUUGUUUUUCCAUAGAUGCCUUUGAUUAUCUUGUGCAGGAUACCUUUAAUGCAAGUGUGGGGGAGGAUAAACUCAAGAGCACAUUAGAAUUGGGAUUGGAGCAAAACGAUUUUCAACUAGUCGAAGGUGAUACUUCAACUGGACAAAUGCAGGGGAAAGACACCAAUCCAAGGGUCUCCAAUGAUGUAGUUUGGAACCAUGAGUUCAUGGAAACAGUCGAUGCACUUGAGGCACGCCCUCAAGUACAAGGUAAGCCUCCUAACUUUAUUUCCCUUCCAGUUUCAGAUGCAAAACUUGUACCUUCUGUGAUUCAGGCACCCAAAUUAGAGCUUAAACCAUUGCCGGAUCAUCUCAAGUAUGCUUAUUUGGGAGAUAAUGAGACAUUGCCAGUUAUUAUUGCUUCUAACCUUUCGGCACAUGAGGAGGCAAAGCUUGUCUGA